AUGCUGCAGGACUGCCCGAAGGCGCGCAGGGAAGUGGAGCUGCACUGGAGAGCGUCGCAGUGCGCGCACAUCGUCCGCAUCAUGGACGUCUACGAGAACCUCUACCAGGGGAGGAAGUGUCUGCUCAUCGUCAUGGAGUGCUUGGACGGCGGGGAGCUCUUCAGCCGAAUUCAAGACAGGGGAGACCAGGCGUUCACAGAACGGGAGGCUUCUGAGAUAAUGAAGAGCAUCGGGGAAGCCAUCCAGUACCUGCACUCGAUCAACAUUGCGCACCGGGAUGUCAAGCCAGAAAACCUCCUGUACACCUCCAAGAGGCCCAACGCUGUGCUAAAACUCACAGACUUCGGCUUUGCUAAAGAAACCACCACACACAACUCCUUGGCCACGCCGUGCUACACGCCGUACUACGUGGCUCCGGAGGUGCUGGGUCCAGAGAAGUACGACAAGUCCUGUGACAUGUGGUCCCUGGGUGUCAUCAUGUACAUUCUGCUGUGCGGGUACCCCCCCUUCUACUCCAACCACGGGCUGGCCAUCUCACCUGGCAUGAAGAAGCGAAUCCGAAUGGGCCAGUACGAGUUUCCCAACCCUGAAUGGUCCGAAGUGUCGGAGGAAGUAAAGCAGCUGAUCCGCAACCUGCUGAAGACGGACCCGACCCAGCGCAUGACGAUAACGGAGUUCAUGAACCACCCCUGGAUCAUG